GCCCAAUCAUUUGCCUAAAAUAUACACUUCAUUGCCAACGAAGUCUCAAUCUCAACCCUCCAAUGUAACGAAAAAAGGGCCUUUCUUUCAAAUACAUAUACCAAAGUUUGUCCAUCCCAAAGCUUUAACAGACAGCACAAAAAACCCAACAAAGCCUUUCAGUUUCAGAUCACCAUCUCUCUCUCUCUCUCAUAACUCAACAAAAUGGGUUGUGGGGAAUCAAAGCAUCAAGUUGCCACAGGGAAUACAAUUAUUAGCAAAAAAGAUGACACCAAGAGCAGCGAAGGCAUAGAAAUCAUCCCUGAAAAGGCCACCAAUGACACCCACACAAACACGUUGCCGUCGGAUCAACAAGAAGAGAGCGGAAUUUCUAAUUGCGACUCGGGUGUUUGCCAUGUGAAAGAGAAUGAGAUUGAAGACCAAGACAAGAAGGACCCUGAUGGUUUGACUGUGAAAAAUAUCGAAGAUGAGAACGUGGAUUCUGAAAAGGAUGGCUCUGUGAAAGAAAGCAAACAUGGUGGGGAGGCUGUUGAUGAUGAGAAAGAGGUGAGUGGAGAUAUAGAAUUGAAGAAAGAAGAUCAGAAAGGUGAUGAAUCAAGUUAUGUAUUGAGGAGGGAUGAGGAAAAUAUUGAGGCCAAGAUGGGUGCAGCUGAAGAGAACGUGAAAUUGGAUGAUGUUGCGGAGGAGAAAGGAUCUGUUGCAGAGACAAAACCAGAAACUAUGAAUGAAGAGACUGUUAAGGCUGUGAAUGAAGAAAAUCCGGCAAAAGAUGGGGAAGUGGUGCCUCCCAUCGCAGCAAAAGAGACAGCAACCACUGCAGAAGAAAAGGUUCCAAGUGCUAAUGAGGAACGUGCGACUGAAACAUCAACAAAGAUCUGAAGAAAACAAAUCGAAGGACAAAAUGGAUGGAUGACACUACAGUUGUUAUGUGCUUGAUCUUUGUUUAUCAUAGUCUACUGUGUACUUGUGGUUCAUGUAAUGAUACUUUUCUGGUGAAACACAUUAAAGGGCUGUAUAUCAAGAUGGACCUUAAGGAAGUUGGUAUUCUAU